AUGGCGUUAAAUAGAUUGUUUGCUAGUUUAGCCAUUACUCCUAAUUUAAUUUCGAGGCGGGCCAUACAUGUAGCUGCCGUAAACUUUGCCAGUCACCCGGAUAUUGACAAACCUAAACCUGGUUUGGGCAAAAGUUACAGGCGUAUUGUGCAUUUUCCUGAGCAAUAUACUGUUAAACCACUUGAAGUUACAAACCUAGCUGGUAGAGACCCAGUGUCUGGCAGGGUUAUUGCAAAGGGUAUUGGAGGUGGUAUCAAACAUAAAUAUCAUUGGAUCGAUUGGCUCAGAGAUGGACCUAAAGAGGGACCUCCACAGGAAGAAAAAGUCAUUCAGGUAAUGGAAGAUGGUUGUAGAACAGCACACAUAGCCUUAGUGGCUGUUGGUGAUAAACUCAAAUAUAUUCUAGCCACAGAGAAUAUGAAGGCAGGUGACAUCAUCAAGUCUUCCCGAGAACUCCCUAGAAAUCCAGUCAGAGCAAAUGAAGGAGAUGCCUAUGUAUUGGGAGCAUUACCUAAUGGAACUGUUGUUCAUAAUAUUGAAAAAGUACCUGGUGAAGGUGCCCUGUACAUACAUGCCGCUGGUACAUUCGGCACUAUUCUGAGGAGACAAGAUGAUCGCAUCAUUGUUCAAAUGCCUUCAAAGAGACUGUUUAGUUUCGACCCACAUUGUAUGGCAGUUGUAGGUCGUCUUUCAAACAUAGACCAUGGAGACACACCUAUCGGUUCACCUCAACGCAAUAGAUGGCUCGGUAACAGACCUCGCUCCGGUCUAUGGCAAAGAAAAACCGGUCGCCACGGAAGAAAGAUCAAACCUCCAAAACCAGUGAAAGAGAUCUGUGCCCCACCGAAAAAGGCCUUACCAACUAUCACCUUGUCUAUGCACCCUUAA